UUAACGAGUCAAGUUUUCAUUUGAGACACAGUGAGAGAAAAAGAAGGAGACCUCACGUUCAGAGACUUGUCUGUCCAACGUAUCAGCCACCAUGUCCUAUACGGCCGGGUCGUACGCGACCAAGUCGUACGCAGGCAAAUUGUACGCUGACCAAUCCUAUGCCGACCGCUCGUAUGGCGACAAGUCGUACGGGGAGAGUGCUUACACGGGCUUGGAUGAAGCAGCCAAAGCAGCAUAUGAAAAACAGCUUCUGAAGGAAAAGAAGAAACGUAAAGAGGCGAUGCACUGUGAAGUCGUUGCUCUUGUUAUCGGAUUCAUCGGGCUGAUUGGUGUCUCAGCUGUCACCGGUCUCCCCAUGUGGAAGGUGACGGCAUUCAUCCAAGAGAACAUCAUCGUCAUGGAGACACGCUGGGAGGGCCUGUGGAUGAACUGCUACCGCCAGGCCAACAUCCGCAUGCAGUGCAAAGUGUACGACUCACUGCUGUACCUGCCUCCCGAGCUCCAGGCUGCCCGAGGCCUCAUGUGCAGCUCUGUGGCUUUGACAACACUUGCCUGUCUCAUCUCAGUCAUCGGGAUGAGGUGCACUCGGCUUGUGGACUCACGGCCACGUGUCAAGCACGUCGUCCUUGUGUGUGGUGGAUGUCUGUUCUUGGGAGGAUGUUUAACCACCAUCAUUCCCGUUUCCUGGACAGCUCACGUCAUCAUCCGGGAUUUUUACAACCCCCUGCUGAUUGACGCACAACGUCGGGAGCUUGGCGAGGCACUCUAUAUCGGCUGGGUAAGCGCCGCCGUAUGUUUUGUAGCUGGGAUUAUACUGCUGUGCCGCCACGCGCCGAGAGUAGACGAUAAAGAUGACGUUGACUCUGUGUUGUACCGAGCCCAGUACACGCCGUAUAAUAACACCUAUAAUCCUGCAUAUUCCUAUCAGCCAGCCUACACCUACCAACCUGCCUACGGAUACCAACCUGCAUCUGCUACCUACGUACCAUCUGCAUAUUAAAGAACUCCUGAAGUAGGCCUGAAAUUUCUACAGCUGUUAUGAGCUCUUGUAUUCAAUAUAGCAGUGUCCAGAUGUUGUCCUGGACUCAUCAGUGUAUAUAAUGAACAUGGAUUAUAGAUUAAAUGUUUCAACAUUAAAAAAAUUCUAUAAACAGUAAUCAGUCAGCCAUAAUUAAUGAAACAAGGUCAAUAUUUGGUGUGAGAUGACCCUUUGCUUAAAAAUAAAAAUACUAGUCUCAGGUCCAGUGAAUGCAGUUUUAUGUGGGAAUGAGCUGUAGGUUUUACUGAGCAUCUUACAGAACCAGCCGCAGUUCUUCUGGACACUUUGACUGUCACACUCGCUUCUUCAUUUUGCACCAAAACCCAGCAGCCUUCAUUAUGUUUUCUUUUUUAAUACGAAAAGUGCUCUCUUAUGUAAUAUGCUGCUCAGAUACAAACUUUUUUUUUUCUGUAACAUUUAAUUUUGUGCUGGAAAAUGAACGUUUGGACUCUAAAACGUUUUGUACUGACUUAAUAAUGUAGAAGUCAUAAAAUAAAAAUCUAUAACAAAGUUGGUUUGAAAAAAAUAUAGGGUGCCUAAGGGUACUUUUGCACAUACAGUAAUGUGCAAAAGUACCCUUAGGUACUGACAAAAACUUUUUACUUGAAAAAAUUUAUAUAUAUAUAUAUAUAUAUAUAUAUAUAUAUAUAUAUAUAUAUAUAUAAAUAAUUUUCAAUCAAAACAUUUUUGUCAGUGGACUUGACUUUGUCUUAUGGACCCAACUGUAGCAGUAAGCACUCAGUGAUUGUUUUACUCAAGAAUAUUUCGCAUGUAGAAUUGAUGUUCUGUAAAAAUUCAACAAUUGCUGUUUAGGCAUACUAGUCAUGUGACAUACUAUGGACAUUGAACACACACACACACACACAGCUCUUUUAAGCUCUUGUCAAUGUGCUAUAAUACAUUUUGGUCUUUAUGUUUUAUGUUAGAGAUAAUGAGAUGAGAUGAGAUGAGAUGAGAUGUUUUAUGUUAAUGUUUAUACUAUGUGUUGAAAAUAAAAUUAGAUGUAUUUACAUCAAGAACAAUG